AUGGAAUCUGAUCAUAUGGAAACAAGACUUAAGAGGCGCUGCAGUACGGAUCAGAGUGUGACUGGAUGUUUCGCUUUCGGCUGUACAAAUCGUAGCGAGAAAGGAUUUUUGAUGAAAGUUUUUCCGAAAGAUCCUGCACGUGGAUCUUGUCAAGAAGAUGAAGAAAGUAAUAAAAGAUGGAAUGCAGGCCUAGCAAAUUCUAAAUUAAAUUUUCAUGAAGGAGUAUUGACUUUAAAUUAUAGUGGUGGGGAUAUUUGUCAUGGAAAGUAUUCACGUCAUACUAUAAUAGAAUUCAAGUGUGGUAGUGGAGAAGGAAAGCCCAUGUUUCAGUUUGAAUCUGAAGAUUGUACUUAUUAUUUUAUUUGGUCAACAUCAUUAGCUUGUGAAAACAAAAAACAUUGCAUAAUUUCAAAUGGUUCAGAGUCAUAUGAUUUAACACCAUUAAGCAAGUCAACUUAUACUGUAAAUGAUUUAACGGGUAAAAAUGAUUUAUAUUAUUUAAGUGUAUGUGAUUCAGUCAACAUAAAUGGAAUAGGUUGUCCUCCAGAUGCUGGAAUUUGCAAAAUUAAUAAAGUCAAUAAAUCAGCUACAAGUCUUGGAAUUCCAACAUCACCAAUGAUUGAUUUUGAAGGCUAUGUAACAAUACUUUAUCCAUUUGGAUCAUUGUGUGAAAAUGGGAAGAAAAAACUGACAUCAAGAAUUAAAUUUAUUUGCGAUACUUCAACAGAAAUGCUGGAUGUACAAAUAACAGAGGUUAUAGUUGGUAAUCCCGCAGCUGUCGUUCCUUUAAGCUCGCCGAUUGUACAGACACCUACUUCGACGUCACAUUCUUGUCUAAAAGGAAUGACGCGAUCGUCACGUAAUCCUUGA